GUUAAACGUGUAUAUGUUUUUGGGAUGCUAGGUUUAAACCACCGUGAAUUAAUUAUGCUUGUAUAUUUCACUGCAAUUUGAGACUUUUAGCUCCUCCCCCUUACUGUCCACAUGAGGCCAACCCCCUAAAGCGAAAGCGCAUUACAUGGUUGCAGUGUCAAUUUGGAGUUUUAAACGUGUGAUUGAGAAGGUGCAUCUGGCAAUCGGGAACGGGAACAGGAGGAUAAUGCGGGUUUGCUGGCUUAUAAGGACAGAUGGAAGCCAUGAACCUAUACAACUCCCUCAUCUUGAAACUGUGGUUUUAGGCCGGGGACCCAAGACAAGAAUUACUGAUAAAAAGUGUUCCAGAGAACAAGUGCAACUGAAGGCAGACUACAGUAAAGGAUAUGUCACUCUGAAACAGCUUGGUGUAAAUCCAACAAGUGUGGACUCUGUGGACGUUGGUAAAGAUAGCGAAGUAAAGGUAACGCCAGGCCAGAUCCUUCACCUUGUCAACAAGCUCUACUCCUACAAAAUCCAGUUUGAAGAGAGUGACAAGAAAGCUUCCUCGUCCGAGCUGAAGUUUAAGAGACCAAAGGAACCGCAUCAAGAAGGCCAUAAUGUUAAUACCAAAGUCCCACGACUGAACACUGAAGACUGUUGCACUAAAAGUAAACAAACCUUGGAAAGUCAGGAAAGCAGCAUAAUGGCUUCCAGAAACACGGAGAAAAAGGAAUUCCAGGGACACUGGAGUCAGGGACUAAAAGCUUCUAUGCAGGAUAAGAACAUGCAGAUUUACAAAGAUGACACCGUAGUUGCUAUUAAAGAUAAAUAUCCAAAAGCAAAGUAUCACUGGCUUGUACUGCCCUGGGAAUCCAUUGCCAGCUUGAAGGCCGUCAGACCAGAGCACUUACCACUGAUGAAGCAUAUGCAUGGUGUUGGGGAGAAACUGGUCCGAGGAUGUUCAGACUACGGCAAACUUCAGUUUCGACUGGGCUAUCAUGCUAUUCCCAGUAUGAGCCAUAUCCAUCUACAUGUUAUCAGCCAAGACUUUGAUUCUCCUUCAUUAAAAAACAAAAAACACUGGAACUCGUUUACCACAGACUAUUUUCUGGACUCUGAAGCUGUAAUGGAAAUGGUGGAGAAGAAUGGGAAGGUUACAGUUAAAGAUGGGACGAGUGAGCUGCUCAAACUACCACUGCGGUGCCACGUUUGCAGAAGGGAGCUUCCUACGAUUCCACAGUUAAAGGAUCAUUUAAAAUCCCACCUGCCCAAGUGACGAGAGGGUAACUGGAAUUUUAUUGAGUGACAGAUGACGAGGAAAAGACAGAGCUGAUUGGUAACGAGGGUAAGAUGGCGAGUUCUUCCAUAGACACCACGGGGGGGUGUGGUGAUUCCCAGUCUCAGCCCGGCUGCCAGGCCGCUAUCAAGUCACAAAUGGAGGUGAUUUCAAACCUUUCAAGUGUGACAACUUGAGGGCAAGUAAGUUGUGUAACUUUCUCACGAGUUAACAACUUUUAGAAGUAAUAAAAGUGACAUGAGAGCAGAACAGA